UGUUUCUAGCUCUCUCUCUGAGUGUAGCUCCUCUGACUUUACUUUGAGCUUCGGGUUCCAAAUGCUAACUGUAGAGGCCCGAAGAGUUUCAGGUUCACUGCUGAGAGCCGUGGCCCUAAGUGGACUGACCGGCAAGGCCAGUAGAAGAGAAAGCAAAAGUUGAACGCACGCAGGUUUGGAUUUGGUUUUACGCAUCGACCUGCAGGAUGCAAGCGCGCUACUCCGUCUCCAGCCCGAACUCUUUGGGGGUCGUGCCGUACAUCAGCAGCGAGCAGAGCUAUUAUCGGACAGGCGGCGGCUACGCCGGCAUGCCCGCGCCUAUGAGCAUGUACUCCCACGCGGCCCACGACCAGUACUCGGCCGGCAUGGCCCGCGCGUACGGCCCGUAUAACCCGCAGCACCAGCCGAAAGACAUGGUGAAGCCGCCGUACAGCUACAUCGCUCUCAUCACCAUGGCCAUCCAGAAUUCACCGGAGAAGAAGAUCACGCUAAAUGGGAUAUAUCAGUUCAUUAUGGAGAGAUUCCCUUUCUACCGGGAUAACAAGCAGGGCUGGCAGAACAGCAUACGCCACAAUCUGUCGCUAAACGAGUGCUUCGUCAAAGUACCCCGCGACGACAAGAAGCCCGGCAAGGGCAGCUAUUGGACCUUGGAUCCGGAUUCUUACAACAUGUUCGAGAACGGCAGCUUUCUAAGGCGGAGGAGAAGGUUCAAGAAGAAGGAUGUGCAGAAGGAUAAGGACGAGCGGGAAGCCGGCAGAGAGCUCCACGCGGGCCGCACCCCGGCUCGGGAGCAGGAGCCGCCGGCGCACAACUCUCAGCCCGUCCGCAUCCAGGACAUCAAGACUGAGGACGGGACGUUGACGCCGCCUCGCGCCGCGUCUCCGGUUCUCAACGCCGCCCCUAAAAUGGAAAGCCCGGACAGGAGCAGCAGCGGCAGCAUGUCCAGCGGCAGCCCGCACAGCGUUCCCUCUAGCCGCUCGCUGAGCAUGGACGGGCCGGAGCAGCACCACCACAACCAGGUAUCCGUGCAGCAGGGCUUCAGCGUAGACAACAUCAUGACAUCCCUGCGGGGGUCUUCCCACGGGGAUCUCUCUCCCUCCUCCUCCUCCUCGACGUCCUCCUCACGGACAGGUAUUAACCCCUCCCUGGCGCUCAGCUAUUCCCCGAACCAGGCGUCGUCUUACACGUCCACCACCAGCACCUGCAAUCAAAACUCCACGAAUUCGAUCUAUCACUGUAACAUGCAAGCCAUGAGUCUCUACGCCGGGGAGCGAACAUCCGGAACCGUGGAUGAGGCUUUGCCUGAUUAUUGCGUCACCACCGCCGCGAACCCGAGCCUGCAGGAGGGCCACACGGGCCGGCUCGCCUCCUGGUACGGCGACCUGAGCCACUUAAGUGCGGGCUACCCGUCCCAGCAGCAGAACAUUCACGCUGUCAGGGAGAUGUUCGAGUCCCAGCGGAUCGGACUGAACGGCUCCCCCGUUAAUGGGAAUAAUAGCUGUCAGAUGGCCUUCCCGUCCACUCAGUCCAUCUACCGUACCGCGGGAGCUUUUGUGUAUGACUGCAGCAAAUUCUGAAAGCCGUGGGAUCGCUUUCAAAUAAUAACGAUAAUAUAUACUUUCACAUUAUUUUGUAUGUAUGUAUGUAUGUAUAAUGUAAAUUGACGCCCUGAAUGGACAAGAGCGAUGCAGAGAUUAUUUUUUGCCCAGGCGCUUAAGCACCAAAAACACCUAAAUUUAUUCUUCUAUUUAAAAAAAAAACAACAACAACAAACAAAACAAAAAAAGAAUGGUUAAAAAUAUUAAGCGUCUUGACACGACUGUAAUUCAUAUUCUAAUAUAUUUAUAUUUGAAGAGACAGUGAUAGGUUACGUUUCUCUCAAAACGAUGUUUUGUCAAAAUGAUAUGAUGCCUUAAACUAUCCCUGUUAAGUCUAAUGGGGUUAUUUUAUUCAUGUUUCAUUUGUCAAUGCAUUUUUAAGGCGUUAUUUUUUGUUUGUUGAAUAAAGUGCCAUGCUUUUAAUCUGAUGAUUAAUUUUUAAUUAUGACUGGAUAAAAUGUCGUUGUCCUAAAAGUGCCCAACAUUAUAUAUAUAUUGA